CGGCGAGGGUCGCCAUGCCUGCCCGGGAAGGAACAGACUGCGCUUCGCAGGCAACAGUGAGGUUUGAGGAUGUCAUUCUUUAUUUCUCCAAGAGCGAGUGGAAGUCUCUAGCCAAGUGGCAGAAGGAACUGUACUGGGAUGUGUUGAAAGAUAACUAUGAAGCUUUGCUUGCUGUAGGGCAACCGGUCAUCAAAGCGGAAGUUGUGGCGUGGCUUGAGCAGUGUGAACGUCUGGACAUUGAAAGAACCAAGGAAUCUAGAGUCAGGGACCCUGCUGGAAAUGUUUCUGCAACAAAUGAUGGGCCCUCAAAGGCAUAUUGUGAGGAACGCACAGGACAGGCCGGAUCUCUCAAGACGCUACGUGAGGAGUCUAAGGAGGCUGUGACCCAACACGGUGACACCCCCGAGCACUUGCAUUUGUCGGCCAGACCACAAGGGGACCCUGCAAAGGAUGAGCCUCUUUUGCACAUCGAACAUGGGCAAAGUCGGCCAAGACCGGCCUGCUCCCAGAGGCCUGCCGUUCCACCAAAACAGUAUAAAUGCAGGGAAUGUGGCAAGAGGUUCCGGUUGGAAGGGCUGCUUCGAAUGCAUCAGGAGAUCGCCACGAGGAAGGUGUCCUUUGCUUGCACUGCCUGCGGGCUGCGCUUCACAAGCCCUUUCUCUCUGAGGAGGCACCAGAGAACUCACCUCCCUGCCGGGGCGGACGGAGAGGCGGCCUCUCCCAGGAAGAACCGGCUGAGUGCACAGCAAGGCUCCCACGCGCCCGAGAAGUUGCACCAGUGCUCAGACUGCGGGGACCGAUUCCGUGGGUUCCUCGACGUCCUCCGGCACCAGAAAAGCCACGAGGAGGCAAGGCCCCGGCUGUGCGUCCAGUGCGAGGCCUCGUUCAUGCACCGGAUCGACCUCGCGAUGCACGAGGAGGGCCACUUGGAGGAAGCGCUAAAGAGGCACGAUCGACGCAGGCGGAAAUGUCUCUGCAAGCACGCCUUCCGGCUGCACUUCGCAUCGCUGCUUGGGCAUGGCGUGCGGGGCAGACAGGCCGCCUCGCAGGACGCCAAGCGACCGCAGCAGGUUGAGGAUGCCAGAGAGCAGGCACUGUAUCCCUGCACCAGGUGUGGGCUGCUGUUCAACCAGGAAGCGAACCUCAAGGUGCAUUGCAAGUAUUGCAGCAAGCAGUUGCUGCGGAAGCCCCCGCUAAACGGCUCCUCCCUAACCGCUCUGCCGGGGGAACGCCAAGAGGCUAGCGGCAAGCAAGGGGUCGCCCAGCCGGCCUCAGAGGGCAGCCGUGGCGACACGGGGCUCCCUCGCCCUCCCUCGCAGGCCUCCUCCGCUCAGCACUCUUGCCCGGAGUGCGGCAAACAUUUCGCCUCCAAGGGCAGCCUCUGCUGGCACAAGCGGAAGCACAAGGCCGCGUUGCAGUGCCGCGGGAGCGUGGCCCUCAUGGGCGGUGGUGGUGGCAGCGGCUCCAGCGGCCCCACUGCUGCUUGCGCAACGAAGAAGCUCUACAAAUGCCAGGAGUGCGGGAAGAGCUUGUCGAAGGGGUUCUUUUCUGUGCAUCAAGAGUUCCACGCGGGACUGAGGUACAUGUGCAUUCUUUGCAGGAAGGUGUUCAACUUCCAGAGCACAGCCAUUGCGCAUCGCCGCGGCCACGUCAGAAGGGGGGAGUUGCUCGCUGCGGCGGGGGACUCCAAGCUCCUUUCCCACACGAUACAAAAGGUGUACAUUCCUCCGGAGCCGCGGCUGCAGAAUCCAGAGGAGAUGGGGCAGCCCAACAAUGGCUUUCCAACUGGCCAGCUUCCCUUCCGGCAGGAGGCCCCGGCGGAGGGUGGGAAGCUGAAAUCUCCCCGGAACACGUUCCCGAAGCCCUUCAGGUGCAGGGACUGUGGGAGAGACUUUGCCUACCUGGCCCGCCUGCUGUCACACCGCAAGGAACACGCGGGCAACUUCCCCUUCCAGUGUGCCGAAUGCGGCAAGAGUUUCACCAGCAGAAAUUACCUCAGCCUGCACUGGAGAAUACACACCAAAGAGAGAGGGCACCACAUUGGCUCUGGAGGAAGGGAAGGGCCUGCUGGCCAGCUGCUUGUCAGGGGUGCAACAAAAACAGAAAUAAUGGGCUAAUGCUGCCAAUUUCUUCAAAAGUCCAAUACAAAACAAGCAGCACGCAAGGGCACAAGAUUCAAUCAAGUUUCAAUCAAGUAUUAUUAGUACAAAAAGAAAACAAUAAGAGAACCAUAUACAAGUGCUGACACAGAAGCCAGAACCAAACGUCAAGCAGAUAGCAUAUACAAAUAAAUACCGAAAGGCAAACCAGUCUUUAUGGUCUUUGAGGCUAUAUAGCGGUCAGCAAAGUGGCAGCAGGUCGAACAAAGUGUCAAUAAGAGACAGGCUGCCGGCGUUUUUCACCUGUUUCGCCCAUAUGACGGGCUUCUUCGGUAGUUUCUCCUUCUGCUUUCAGUUAUGUUUAGUGCAUUCAUAUGACUUAGUCAAUACAUGCUCAAACUAAGAAAACUCUGAAUAUAAGAAAUUGAAUAUGUAAAUGAGAGAACCUUUUGAAAAAGAACUUGAGCAUUGUGGCCUAAGCCAAGAUAAGUGGUUUCAUACGAAUUUGAAUGCAGACCAUAAAGACUGGUUUGCCUUUCGGUAUUUAUUUGUAUAUGCUAUCUGCUUGACGUUUGGUUCUGGCUUCUGUGUCAGCACUUGUAUAUGGUUCUCUUAUUGUUUUCUUUUUGAAUAAUACUUGAUUGAAACUUGAUUUAAUCUUGUGCCCUUGCGUGCUGCUUGUUUUGUAUUGGGCUUGUCAGGGGUGGGCAGGGCAGCACUCCCAACUUUAGGGACGUUUUUAAUCUGUGAUUAAUGUAUUUUUGUAUUUGUUGGAAGCCGCCCAGAGUGCCGAGGGAAACCCAGAUGGGCAGGGUA